AAGAAAUUGGCGCACCUUCAAAAAUUAAUACGGUAAUGAGGCCUAACUUAGGAGGUAUCAGCACCACUUGUUUAGUUGAGCAUUCCAAAUAACCCGCCAAAAGCCAAAUAUGAACCAGAAAAUAUUUAGAUCAUCUCUGUCCCGGGCCAAACUCAGGAAAAUGCACACUUUUGUCCCCAAUAAUCUAACCGAAAUCCAAAAAGCCAGUUUCCAUAUACUUGGAAGCUUAGAUAUGCAAUCAGACAAAUUCUCAAAUGCUCGCCAGUUGUUCGACGAAGUGCCUGACUUGAAUGUAGUUCAAGCCACAAGCAUAAUUGGCCGCUUUAAUAAGCAACAUCAACAUGAAGAAGCCGUAUAUCUUUUCUCAUCAAUGCUUCUGAUGAAUAUUAGACCCAAUCAGUUCACAUUUGGCACUAUAAUUCACUCAUCCAUUGCGUUGAAGGACCUUAAUUUGGGUAAUCAACUUCAUGCUUGUGCCACAAAGAUGGGACUUCAGUCAAAUGUAUUUGUGGGUAGUGCGAUGUUGGAUUGUUAUGUCAAGCUUGGUUCCAUUGACGAAGCUACAAGAGUUUUCCAAGAUACCCACAAGCCAAAUGUAGUUUCUUACACAACUAUGAUACGCGGAUUCUUGAAGAAAGAUCGGGUUGAAGAUGCUGUCAAGCUUUUUCAAAAGAUGCCUGAGCGAAAUAUUGUUUCUUGGAAUGCCAUGAUUGGUGGGUUUAGCCAAACGGGCCACAAUGAAGAGGCUGUGAAUCUUUUCGUCCAGAUGUUAAGAGAAGGAUAUGUGCCCAAUCAUUGCACUUUUCCUUGUGCUCUCAUUGCUGCUGCCAAUAUAGCUGCACUUGGUAUGGGCAAGAGUUUUCAUGCCUGUGCUAUGAAGUUUUUGGGUAAGUUUGAUGCGUAUGUUGGCAAUGCUCUAAUCAGCUUUUAUGCAAAAUCGGGGAGCAUGGAAGACAGCCUCUUGGUCUUUAAUAAACUCAUUGAAAGAAAUAUUGUUUCCUGGAAUGCUGUAAUAUGUGGCUAUGCACAAAAUGGAAGAGGAGAAGAAGCUGUUGAGUUUUUUGAAAGGAUGAAGGUUCAAUGUAUUAGACCUAAUGAUGUUACAAUUCUUGGCUUGUUAUGGGCUUGUAAUCAUGCAGGUCUUGUUGACGAGGGUUAUUCAUAUUUCAACCAGAUAAGACUUGAAGAUCCCGGCAUGCUGAAGCCGGAGCAUUAUGCUUGCAUGGUUGAUUUACUUUCUCGUUCAGGGCGUUUUAAAGAAGCCGAAGAAUUUCUUUGUGAUCUGCCCUUUGAUCCUGGAAUUGGGUUCUGGAAGGCAUUGCUUGGAGGCUGCCGGAUUCACUCAAACAUGGAACUGGGAGAACUUGCUGCGCAAAGAAUCCUGGCAUUGAAUCCUGAAGAUGUAUCGUCUUAUGUAAUGCUAUCGAAUGUGCAUUCUGUGGCAGGUCGGUGGGAUUUUGUUUCAACAAUUAGAAGAGAAAUGAAGGAGAGAAGGAUGAAGAGGGUUCCUGGUUGCAGUUGGAUUGAAAUUGGAACCAAAAUUCAUGUCUUCGUCACCGGUGCUCAGAACCAUCAACUGAAAGAUGAAAUUUAUGUUGUCUUGAAGUCUUUUAUAGAGCAAACGCAUGAGAUUGAAGCUUCCAAUUUUGAUUAUUGAAUUAAGCUUUAUCACCAUUAGUUCUAAGUAGAAA